AUUUUCAAUCAGGCGAGCAACACCAAGCAGGACAAGAAAGGUAAGCUCCGCCCUGAUAUCGAGAAAGAGCAACAUCUCCACCAUGCGGGCAUCCAGGCUCGCAAGGCACGUGAAGCUCUGGACGCGGCGGUCAAGCACCAGGCCAGCUGUCAGGAGUGGCUCGACAAGGACGAGGACAUCGAGAACAUCACCGCCUUGGGCGAUGGCGACGUCUUCAAGCAGGAUGAGUACGACCUCGGCUCAGAGGAGAUCGCCCAAUGGGAACAGCACGAGCGAAAGCUCCUCAAGGAAGUAUGUUCGCUUAUCGGCAAG